AUGCUCGCUGCGACCGAAUGCGAAGCUCCUCCAGCGAGUGCCUCCACUGCAAGCGUCGCAGUGGAUGGCAGUGGAAGGCAGUGGAAGGCAGUGGAAGGCAGCGCAUGGACCUCCACCCGCAUGCACCCGCAGCGGAGCGAGGAACAUGAUGAGCCGCGCCUCGCAAACUUUAUUGAUCUAUUUGGCGGAGCAGCAGGAACCAUUGGAGGAGACUUGAUAACUGGAGAGGGAGAAAACCUGACAGGAACAGGUGGGAAGACAGAUGGAAACCUGACAGGAGCAGGUGGAAGGACAGAUGGAAACCUGACAGGAGCAGGUGGAAGAACAGGAGUAAACCUGACAGGAGCAGGUGGAAGGAGAGAUGGAAACCUGACAUCAGAAGAGGUUAGAGCAGAUGCAGGAGACUUGACAUUUGGAGAAGGAAAAGGGAACUUCGAAAUUCUGAAGAAAUACGCGGAACAGAACCCAGAGAUGACAAAGGCAAAACAAGUUUUCGACACGUUGAACUCCCUCACGCCUCUCCAGAUAGAGAACGCGAUGACGUUCCUGGAGCGCGCAACGGAGGCUUACCAGAUCGACCUGGGCGACACGGACUCGAGAACGACGCCCAAUGUCGGAUCCGUGUCGGACAUCGUCCAUCGUCUCACCUCCUUCGUCCCCUUUUCGCCGAUAGGAGUGACGGAGAAGCAGCUGGAGGACAUCCUCAACGGCGAGGUCACGGCCUGCGAGCUUCAAUCCAACUACGAGGCCGGCCAAUGCCUCGGUACGGGCUCCGUGAAGCCGCUUUCUCUUGAGCGGCUCUCGAGCGGCUCUCGAGCGUCUCUCGAGCGGCUCUCGAGCGUCUCUCGAGCGGCUCUCGAGCGUCUCUCGAGCGGCUCUCGAGCGUCUCUCGAGCGGCUCUCGAGCGGCUCUCGAGCGGCUCUCGAGCGGCUCUCGAGCGGCUCUCGAGCGGCUCUCGAGCGGCUCUCGAGCGGCUCUCGAGCGGCUCUCGAG